AAAAACGAUAAAAAAUAAUUACUUAUAUUGUGUAUAAAAGAUUAAACAAUAUUUCCGAAUGUGAGAAGAGAAAUGAUAUAGAGACAACAAAAAAAUUUUGGAUUAUAAAUAAUUUUUUUUUUUGUAUUUUUUCUUUUAUAUAUUCUGGAUUAUUACUAUUUUUACUGUUAUACAUAUAUGAAUGGAUGUGGAAUAAUAUACGAUAUUUAAUUAUACGAUAAACAAAUUUUAUAAUUCAUUUGUCGGUAUUAUUAGAGAUGAUGGAAUUUUUUCAUUUUUAUUGAAUUCCCCAUUUAAAUAUAAUUUACAAAAACUGAACCAUAUUUGGAUCUUCAUUUAAGGAAUCAUUAUCAAAUAAAUUAAAAAAUUAAAUUUUAAUAAUCUUAUACAUCCAUGUGAACGAAUAUUUUACAAAGAGAAAAUAGGAGAUUACAUCAAUAUCAUAAUCUAUAUGAGUAUAUCAAUUUAUCCAAAUAUGUAUGGAAGAAAAUUUAUAACACCAAUAUUUAGAAGAAAUCAAAAAUAACAAUAAUUAUUGUAUAAAGAAUGGCAUCAGUAACAGGACAACCAAGAAAACGAAGUUUAAAAAGUGUUUUUAUUGGUGGACUUGGUGCUAAUCUUCAUAGUAAUAAUAAUUUUAAUAUUAAUUCUGGUGGUAGUAGCAGUAAUAAUAGUAAUGAUAAAGAACCAGAUACAAUAUUAUUAACAACAAUACCAAUAAAAAAUACAGAUAAAAAUUGUAGUGUUAUUAUAACAUCACCAGAUUCUUUAUAUCCAGAUAAUAAUAAUACAUCAGCAUUAACAGCAGCAACAACAUUAACAUCAACAACAAUAACAAUUGAUCCACCAAAUAAUACAAUAGCAACAUUAGAUCCAAGUGGUAAUUUUAAUGGAAAUAAUAUAGGAGUUACAAGUAUUGUUAGUCAUAAUAAAGAGAAAAAACGUACACGUAAAGAUAAUGUAAGAUUUGAUACUAAGGAAACACAUUAUGAAGAUAAUUCAGAGAUGAGAUCGAUGAUUGCUGAAGAAAUACGAAAGUAA